AUGGCUAACAUUCUAAUUUAAGCUUUUAGAAAUCUCAAAAUGAGAUCGCAAAUCAUCUCUCUUGAUAUAUUUAUUCUCCUUAUAGUCUUAAGCAUAGCUGGAAUUGCCAUUUAUGUUGAAAUCAAGAUAUUUUAUUAUAUAUCAGAAAGAUCCCUGCAGAACACUUUAGUAAUUUCAGACAUCAAGUAAAUUUCUCUUACCACUCAUUUGAUGAAACAUUAUAUCAAAGAAAAACACAAAACCAGCAUUUUAUUAGCUGAUCAUAUUUCUUCUUUUAUGCACUUUUAUACCAAAAUAUAAAGUGAAGUCGUAUUCACAAAACCUAUUGAUCCUUGUUUUUCAUUUGAUUACUACUUAAAUAGCAUCUAAGUACAAAAAACUCAAAAAAUGUGUUAUUCAAUUUAUGAGAAUAUUAAUUUACAGGAUUCUUUUUAAAAGAGUCCUGAUGUCUAAUUGCUUUAUAACGGUCUCAGAUUAUUGGAGGAUUUUGGAGUGGAAUUCAAUAAGUUUUAUCCAGAUUUUAUGCAAUUUGUAGAUAUCGAAGACAUAAGUUUUAAUGCUUUAUAUCCGUUUGGAUUUUAUUACACGACCUUGGUAAAAUUUUAUUUGAAUCCAAGGUAUGUUGACCAUAUUUAAAAGACUUAAAAGGAUCCUAGCCAGUUCUACUUUUUUACCGAUGUUUACAAGAUGAUAGUUGGAGAUUAUAAUUAUUAUUUCUCAAUUACUUAAUCUUUAUAUAAUAAAGACAAAAAAUUUAUUGGUAUUUUAAAAAUGAUGCUAGCCAUCGACGACUUAAAUAUGUAAAAUACAAGAUCUAACAUAAUGUUAAUCAAUAAAUAUGGGUAAGUAAUUUAUAAUGAGAUGGAGAAUCAUGAAUUUAAUAAUAGUUAAGUGUUUUAUAUCUAUAAUGAAACCAUAACUGGUUUUAAUGAUUCCGAUUGGAAAUUAAUAGAAGAUUAGGCUAUCAUUAACAUAGAUACAGACUUUGAGAAUGAAAGCGAGUUAACUAAAUGUAUUAUUUUAUAUAACAAAUUGUAUCAAUCUAACGUACAUUUGAGAAGUGAAAAAUUUGUAAAAGAGAAUUUUACAUUAAUAAUAUACACUAACAUUACAACCAAGAAAAACUUAGAGGAAAAAUUCGAUGCAGCAUUUCUUGAAUCUGAAACUUGGAUUUUAGCUGCCGCUGGCUCAAUGAUUUUCAUAGGAGCCUUAUCAUUUAGCAUUAGUAUAUGUUACAUAAACAUCAUCUGUUAACCUUUGAUAGAUAUCAAUCAUAAUAUAUCAAACCAUGUACUAUCUGUUGGAAAUAAUCUCAAUCAUUAGAUUUUCAAAAUUUUGCAACCUUAAAAGUAAUCAUCUAAUCUAUAUGCUAAAUUAAAUGAACAACUUUGGAAUUUAUAAGAUACAAUCCAAAUAAAAUAAAAAAAAAAGUGUGAAUAAUGUAUCCUCAUUGAAAAAAUGUUAUAUCACAAAAAAGAUAGUAGUUUAAAUUGCAAACAGAUUAAAAAUGCUAUAAGCAACAUUUAAGGAGAUACAGUAUUAGAUUCACUAGAACUUUACUAAUUAUUCUAAUUUACGCUUUAAUAGUUCAAAAUGUACGAAUAAUGA